GAUACCUAGUUGACAUAAGUAUCGCAUAAUAGGCAGUUAUAACUUAGAACAUCUCGAUCACAAGCAGUGAACGAUAGCACUUAUCAUUUAUUCAACAUGUAUAUGGUACCACUUCUGAAGUCGCAUGAUUCAGCUUAUAGGACAAAACAUCAACUGCUGAACUGAUGCAUCAUAUCGAACAAAGAAAAGUGUUCUCCUGGUGUAUCAUACAUUUGGUCUCACCAUCCAGACGGUGACUAAUGAUUGAGGCAGAGGUAGAGACGGCGGUCAGCGGAGUCGGAGGCAGCAAAUGGCUCCGGCGGCAGCCGGUGGAGGCGGAGGCGGAGGCAGCAAGCGGCGGCAGCAGUCAGCGGAGUCGGAAGCGGCGAACGACAGAGGGCGAAGCGGUGAACGGUGCCAGCGGCGGCUGCGGUCUACGGAGACGAGAUGCGACGACGAGAGGAUAGAGGAGCGAUUGCAUCUUGCUUGCCACUUGCUCGGAGCCAAAAGCCGCACGUUUUCUGAGCCGAGCUAGCGCUGCGUCUAGCCGCGAAGAUCGAAUCGCAGCAUCCGGAGCCGCGUCUGCCAUAUGCCGUUGGAUACAUUUUAUAGCCACGUGGCACAAAUCGGGAGCGGUGCUGCACGGAGGGCGCUUUGCAGCCGGCGAUGCCUGUGCCAAAAAUUCUAGCAGCGAUGCUUGUAGGUGCACCGAUGCCAAGUUGGUUAAAAAAAGGAAAAAGUAAAAUAUCUGCACUUGAUUCCCUCCGCUGUAGUGAGCAGGUGGAUGAAUGGAGCCCAUAUGCAGAUUCUUUAUUGCAGUUUGUGGGACCCAUAAGUGAGGUCAAAAAAAGCUACUAGGUGUUUGACACCGCUUGCAACUUAUUUUUAAGCAGGAAAUAAGUGGUGCCAGACAGGGCUAAGCUGAUUGUUCAGUUAUUGUUUUCUGUCCUAUAAUUUGUAUAGGAUGUUCGUUGAUGCUAAAGCCUAAAGCUUAACAGAAGGAUAAGUUGAUGGCAUCAUACUUCGAGCGAGAAAGUGCAGAUACCAAACUUAGCCGAUUUGGGCUAAGCAUUCUUGCACAUACAGCAGUAGUAGCAAAACUGGAAUAUACCAAGGUUGAUUUGCAAGUAAUUUGUUCUUGUAUGUUACAAAAGCAUCCCAGCAUGCUGGAAAGUUCAGGGUGUGCAUGCUGGAAAGUUCAGGGCGUGCAUGUUAUCAUCGCUCCUUGUUAGUGGACUACCUUUUCGCCCCGCCCCUGUUGUUCUUGUCCUGAAAUCGAUCUUGCUUAGAUCAGAUUGACAGUAGGGAGACCUCGAUCGUAGUUACCAAGGCAUGGAUAGCGAGGGACGUAUGGAUCCGGCGUUGUACAAGGCGGCGACGCAGGGGAAAGUUGCGAGCUUGAGGCAGCUGGUGGAUCCGGAGGAUCCCAGUGUCCUCAGCUCCACGACGCCCCAGCUCAACACGGCGCUCCACCUCGCCGCCCUGCACGGCCACGCCGCGUUCGCCGGCGAGGUCCUGGACAAGAACGAGGAGCUGCUCGUCGCCCGGAACGACGACGGCGACACGCCGCUGCACCUGGCGGCCAAGGCGGGCAAGCUGGAGGUGGCGCAGCUGCUCAUCAGCCACGCCCUGGCCUGGCCGCAGGACCGGAAGAGCCCUCUGGUCAUGACCAACAAGGCCGGCAACACCGCGCUGCACGAAGCGGUGCGGAACCGGAGGGGCGCCGUGGCGGAGGCCCUGCUCGACGCCGAUCCCAGCCGCGGCCACGACCUCAACGAGCGGAUGGAGUCCCCGCUGCACAUGGCCGCCCGCGAGGGCCUCGUCCAGGUCGUCCAGAAGAUCGUCGACUACACCUGGGUCGGCCAGGAGUUCCUGCCCUCCGUCUCCCUCAGCGGCACCGCCCUGCACCAGGCCGUGCUCGGCACCCACCACCGGAUCGUGGAGAUCCUGCUGGAGAAGCGGCCGGAGCUGAUCGACCUGACGGACUCCGACGGCAACAACGCCCUGCACUACGCGGCGCAGAAGGACCACCAGCGGGCGGUGGAGCUGCUGUUCAAGAAGCGGACGGAGCUGGCCUACAGGCGCAACCUCCACGGCAUGUCCCCGCUGCACGUCGCCGCGCACUACGGCUCGACGGACGCCAUCAAGGCGCUGCUCCGGCACUGCCCCGACGUGGCCGAGAUGGUGGACAGCUACGGCCGCAACGCCUUCCACGCCUCCGUCGACAGCGGCAAGGCGAACGCGCUCCGGUGCCUGCUCCGCCGCGUCCGGCCCGCGGAGCUGCUCAACCGCGUCGACAGCCACGGCGACGCGCCCCUGCACGUCGCCGCCAAGAGGAGCCGCGUCCACUGCGCGCUGCUGCUGCUCAAGGACCGCCGCGUCGACCCCUGCGUCCGCAACCACGCCGGCCAGACCGCGCGCAGCCUCGUGGAGAUGAAGCUGCACACGGGCGAGAUGGACGCCUACGAGAUGUACCUCUGGAAGCAGCUCAAGCACCAGGAGCUCAAGAGGUGCCGCAAGCAGCAGCUGCCGCCGCUCGCCACCUACCCCAGCCGCCGGGGCUCCAACGACAAGUACUUUGAGCGCAUCGUCGAGACCUACAUCCUCGUCGCCACGCUCAUCGCCACCGUCACCUUCGCCGCCACCUUCACCAUGCCCGGCGGCUACGACCAGACCAAGGGCAUCGCGCUCCACGGCCACAACACCGCCUUCAAGAUCUUCGUCAUCUCCAACACCGUCGCCAUGUGCAGCUCCAUCGUCGUCGUCUUCUGCUUCAUCUGGGCAUGGCAGGACCCCGUGAGGUUCAAGGUUGACCAGCUCCUGUGGGGUCACAGGCUCACCAUCAUCGCCUGCCUCGGCAUGCUCGUCUCGCUCAUGACCGCAGUGUACAUCACCGUGGCGCCCACAUCACGGUGGCCCGCCUACGUCGUCAUCGCCAUCGGCGUGAGCACCCCGGCCGUCGUCGUCCUCAUGCUGGGUAGGGAUGUGAUCUUCGUGCCGCUAUAACUGCCAGACCCAAUUCAUCAACGUGUGCCAGAUGAAUUUUCGAGAAAAAAAAAACUUGUGCCAGAUGCACAAGCUGACGAGCGAUUUGUAGAAAUAUAUAAAUAUGUUGUUCAUUUGUAGAUUAAAUUUUAUGGAACUCCCCAUCAGACCAUGUCAAAAAUGAGAAUAAGCAUGUCUGAA